CUUCGAAUUCAGUCUCACUUACAUAACCUAACCUCGAAAUUUUGACAGUUGCCCACAGCAUUAGCGAAUAUUUUUCCUAUCCGCUUAACAGGCGUAACUAAAAACCAACAAAAUGGCGGGUGAUUCACAUGCCGAGGACGCUAAAUUAAGUGGACUCUCGAAACAUUUCAAUGGCUCCACAAUGCGUGGCCGUGCUAACGUGGCCAAAGCCACAUAUGCUGUGGUCGGUCUCAUCAUUGCCUACAACAUUCUUAAGCCCAAGAAGAAGUAAAGCAGUUUAAUAUGCCAAUACUCGAAAACACAGCUAGACAAAAAAUGUAUUGAAAAGUGGCCAGAACGCAUUCGCUUUUUGUGGUGCUGUUGAGGCUUUGGUUAGCUUUAGCUUGUUGUGGGGGAAAUUUUGCUUAUUUUGCGGGUGGAAUUGUGCAUUUUGUUAAAAAGAGAGUGAAAUAAAAAUGAAAUGACGCCAGUAAAGUGUAA